AUGACGUCUCCAUCUCACAAACAACUCCACUGUAACAUUUCGCGCAACCCUACGACAGAUUUCCCACCAGAAUUCUCAGCUGUUUUGACCAUGUUGGGAAAACUUUUACUCCUCACGCUCAUAUCCACAGCGUUUUCGGCAACUCUGCGAGUCCGACGCGACUGGGAUGACAUUUAUCCGCCGCGAAUCAGACCCGUCGCUUACGUCGGCGACAGGUAUAAUCCUUUCUCUCUCCCCCCAUGAUUCGGGUAGGCUUUAUUCAUGUCUGGAAGCAGUCUCAAAAUUUAAAGAAAAAACACUUCAGAUUAUAUUUAUGAAAAAAUGUUGUUUAAAAUUUUUAGGCCAGUUUACUCGAGAUUCGUCGAAAGAGCUGGACCGAACUCUCACAUAAUUUUCGACGACAACGGCGUUCCAUACGUGGUUGGUUUUCCAAACUCAAAAUUAUUCAAAUCCCAUUUUCAGGUGGAAAAUCGAGGUCCCGUCGUUCGAAACUUUCUUCUUGCGUCUAAAAUGAAUCGUAUCGCUAACGGCUAG